AUGAUGAAGCCCCAGCCGCCUCAGCCAUCUCUGACCCGGCAGACACCCAUCCAGCAACCCGCACCAGCACGCGGACCUCCCGGGAACACCAGCACCACCAACGGAAGCCUCGGAGGGACCCCAGUCUCCGCUUCGGCCCCGGGGCCGUCUACCGCUGCUUCCCCGGUCCUCGGGCGUCUUGCUGGAGCCAGUCGGAUCCGUCGGAGAGGUAAGAAGGUUCUGCUGCCACAGCCGCCAACACAUCAGCAUCAGGAGGGGCCCAGGGGCGCUGUUACUGGCCAUACCAGGGGACAGAGCGCAGGAAAGGGGCCCCUUCCAUCACCUGUAUUUGAGGGUGUAUACAAUAAUUCUAAGAUGCUGCACUUUCUUACUGCUGCGGUGGGCUCCACUUGUGAUGUAAAGGUGAAAAAUGGUACCACAUAUAAAGGGAUUUUCAAGACUCUGAGUUCAAAGUUUGAACUAGUAGUGGAUGCGGUCCAUAGGACGGCUUCUGAGCCAGCAGGCGGUCCCCGUCGAGAAGACAUUGUGGAUACCAUGGUUUUUAAGCCAAGUGAUGUGAUGAUGGUUCACUUCCGAAAUGUUGACUUCAAUUAUGCCACUAAGGACAAGUUCACGGAUUCUGCCAUUGCCAUGAACUCAAAGGUGAAGAAUGGUGAUAAGGAGAAGGUGCUACAGCCCUGGGAAGGGGGUGAUGGCAACAGCGAUGACUACAACCUUGACUCUGAUAUGUCUAAUGGAUGGGACCCCAAUGAAAUGUUCAAGUUCAAUGAGGAAAACUACGGAGUGCAAACAACCUAUGACAGUAGCCUCUCUUCUUAUACGGUCCCCCUGGAGAAGGACAACUCAGAGGAGUAUUGUCAGCGGGAGCUCCGUGCAGCCCAACUGGCCCGAGAAAUAGAAUCCAGUGCCCAGUACCAGUUCCGUAUUGCUAUGGAGAAUGACGACGGACGGACAGAAGAGGAGAAGUAUAGUUCUGUUCAGCGACAGGACUCAGGUAGUGAUAGUCCCAGUUUAGUGGCUAGGGAAGGGACGAUGAGGGAGGGAGGCCCCCGAGGAGGAGUUCCCUGCAGCAGCUCCAGGGGCAGUCGACCUAGCAUUGGCUCCUUGCCCCCUUGGGGUGGCCCCCACCAUCCUGACAGCAGUGGUCCCAGUCCCAGUCCUGGUCCUGAGGCCCGUGGCAUCAAUGGAGAUCCUUCCCGCAUGUCCCUAAAAGCCAAGAGGCCCCCUAGAGGUGCAAAAACUAUGUCUUCCCCUAGAAGCCUGCCCCCUGGAGAAACUUCUGCCACAGUUGGUUGUAUGUGCCCCCCCUCCCCUAAGUCAGCUGCUCCUGCUCCAGCCUCAGCUUCCUGUCCUGAGCCACAUGUAGGCUCUGUAGUUCCCACCGCUUCGGCCUCCAUUCCUCCUCUUUCCUCAUCUAUGGAAACUGGAGCUGGCCUCAUUUUCCCAAGCUCUCCAAAGGUUACAGCUCCUAAUGAUGGGAAAGAACUACCUCAAAAGGAACCUGGGAGAACUCUGAAGUCACCAGAGCUAGCCCAGAUAGCUGGGAAAGCCCCUGGCCUUCAGAAUGAACAAAAACAUGAUCAGUUGAAAGAACUGAAGAACUAUGGGACUCAGUUUGAGCUCCAGUCCAGCAGUUCUCCUGAGGCCAGCCUGGAUCCUUUCUCCUCCUGCGACCCCAAGGAGGGUGGAGUGGAAGCCAAAGGAAAAGAAAAGGAGGUGGAGGGUCUUCUGACUCCAGAGCCCCUGCUGUCCUCUGGCUCCUCUAAAACAGAAUCUCCACCUGAAAAGGAAGAAAAGUUGUCUCUCUCCUCAACAGGAGGGGCUGAGGGCCCAGAGCAAUCCCAAACACCACAACAGAACCAAAUGGGCAGCCUUCCAGGGAGCAGCAGCAAGGGAGAUGACAAAGAGGGACCUGUCUCUGAUCAAGUGAAGAAGUCGACGCUGAACCCCAACGCCAAGGAGUUCAAGCCUUCGGAGCAUGUGUUGUCUAUGAUCAAGUCAUCCAGCACCCCAACUUCCCCAGGUCCCUGGACUCAUUCAACUCCUUGGAUCCCAGUGCUGACAGCAGACCAGAAUGGGAUGUAUAGCCCCCAGUACAUCCCCUAUGUACCUCAGAUCCACAUGGGACCAUUGGUGCAGGCUCCUCAGAUGUACCCAUACCCUGUAUCUAACUCUGUGCCUGAUCAGCAGGGUGAGUACUGGGAAGCUAAAGGUUCCUUGCCCCCCCAAUUUUCAGAGCAGCACCAACCACCCUCAGAAUCCCCUAUUAUGCAGGCUGCAGCAACUGCAGGGCCUCCUUUGGUGGCAGCCAUACCAUACUCUUCCUAUAUCCCCUACAAUCCCCAGCAAUUCCCAGGCCAGCCUACCAUCAUGCAGCCCAUGGCCUCACAGCCUGUCUUUGUCCGAAUGCUUCAGAGUAACCCAAGGAUGCUGUCAGGCAGCCAUGCCCAGGCCGUUAUCUCAUCUUUUACUCCUCAUUAUGCUCCAGCAGAUCAGCCCACCCCAAAAGUCCUUUAUGCCCCUGGUCACCAGUCCCAUCCACACCAUGCCAUGCAGCUCCAUGCCCACCAGCUGCAGCCAGCCACCACCCCUACUGGGAGCCAGCCACAGUCCCAGCAUGUGGCCUCCAGCCCUAUCCAGCAUCAGGCAGGGCAGCCACCACACUUGGGUAGUGGGCAGCCAGAACAAAACUUGUACCAUUCAGGUGCCUUAACAGGCACACCACCAUCUCUGCCGCCAGAACCCUCUGCCCCAUCCCCUCAGAGCAGCUUGCUUCAGCCAGUUGAAGUCUAUGCCAUCCAUGCCUACCAGCAGAUGCCCCAUGGCUUUAUCAAUAUGGCCCAUGCCACCCAGGCCCAACUCCAGACUGGAAUCAUAGCAACUCCACCCCUUCAUCCUGAGGCUCCCUACCUGCCCCAGGUGAUGCUACUUCACCCACCCCAGAGACAUGGGGGUCCACCUCAGGGGUUUGUGCCCCAGAGUGGUGUGUCUGCUCUUUCUGCUUCCACACCUUCACCCUACACCUACAUCGGACACAGCCAAGCUCCCUUCCACCCCGCUGGGGAACUGAAGAUGGUUCCAGCCUUCAUUUGA